AAUGCAUCGGGCACAUUUGAUAAUAUAAAGUGGUUGAAGGCUGAAAGUGGUACCAGAUGUGCUGGUUAUGACCACGUUGUUGUGGUUGAGAUGCCCGAAGGUGCCAGUGGUUGUGAGGAAUUAUUGGAAAAUGGAUUUGUGGCAGACGAUCUUUGAGUGAAAAUCCCUCCAGCCGUUGGUCAUCCCAGCCUGUAUGUAUUGUCCCUUGGAUACGGCGCAGGGCCCUAUUAGUCAUCGUCUUGGGCAGGCUGGGCUGUUUCUGGACUGCCCUCUGCUGGCCAGGAUUCCGUCCCCAUUGUUUUCACCAAACAGAGCUCUUCUCUAGCAAGAAUGGCGAGUUCUUACCAGCCCCAUUCUGCUCUCCAAACAUUACAAUGCUUUGAUGCCAAAUAAUAGCAUGGCCUUGCAUCGCCCUGCAUUGCGAGUCUUGGAAGUCCCCGCCAUAUUGGAGCAUCCAUGUGUGCCCUUGAAGAAUUGAGGCUCUGUUGUGAAUUUUGACUCAUCAGAAGCUAUGUGCAUGUGGGCCCCAGCCAAACCCAAGUUUUUAGAGCGCCUCAUCAAUGGUGUCUCUCGACCACGUUUAGGGAAGAAUGGAAAGGGUUGCAGUGACGAGGGUGGCAGUUGUUUACGCCUGCAACAUGGCUGCGACUGUGAUUGUGACUGCCGCGAUGUAAGCAGUGGAAAUGUGGUGUGCACUCGUCGCAUGUGCCUUGGCAGCGAUAAAUCUCAUCAGAGCAAGUGUAUUGGCCCAUGCUGCACCUCAGCCCUUAUUGGGAGUUCUUCAGCCAAAGGAGGAAACAAAAGGUCUUUAAAGUGGCAUCAGCAGCAGACUGUAUGUCUUUCCACAGAGCAUGAGUGUGUCUGUAGUCAACCUACAUCACCAACCUCUGAUGAUGAGAGCACCAUAACAUCGGAUUCACUUCAGGCCCGGGUGGAUGACUACAGCGAGAGCAGGUCUGCUCCAGCAUCUCCAAACUGUCCAGGACGGUCACGAUUUUAUGUAGACUCCACAAAACCAAUAAGCCCAUCAAAACGCAACAUCAAUCGGCGAGUUGAACUGCUGAAGAGGCUACCACAACGUAACGUUUUCCCCAGAGAUCAGAAGUUUUCACACACCAUCAUGGCGAGUGGUUAUGUUAAGGCCAUGAUUGAAAUGAUCAAUCACACAGACUCGAGUUCUACUCCACAGGUGGAAAGCAGUGAGUCUGAAGGAUCUAGAACACCACCUCGUUGCCGUAGAAAUGCCAAAAGUAUUACAGAAUCGCCAUUAUGGAACCAUAAUAGCUUUGUUCAACAGAUUCAACAUCGAUCUUCGCUCCAAAAUGAGUUAUCUCCCAACAAUCUGCGAAGUUGUGAUAGUAGUAGUGAGAAUGGACAUGACAAUGACACGGGUUUCAACUCCGCUGCUGAAAGUCAUGUCGAUGACCAAAGUGAGUCGUCGAAACCUGAAUCUGGUGAGCGCAGUGACCUGGAUCGCUGUUUUCUGAUCGGUGCUAAUGGUGUGCCACAGAGCCCCGCCGAGUUGUUUGACAACAGCUGGUCAGACUCUGAGAACAUCUUUGAAAGUGACUUUAGUGAUGAUAGUGAAGCAGAGGAUAAACAGGUGUCUAGACCUGGAUUUCCAAAUAAACAGGAUGACGAGCCUGACCCAGAGGACACUCAUCCCGGGGACAAACUAUAUAAAAUAGUCCACGAGUUAGUGAAGACAGAGCGUGCCUAUGUCAGUAGGUUACAUCUGGUAGACCAGGUAUUCCAUUUCCGAGUGACACUUGAAAACAAUGCUGCAAAUUUCUUGCCAGCGGAUGUUAUUCCCCAGAUGUUCUCAAACAUCAAAAGUAUUUACCAGUUUCACCAUGAGUUUGUGUUACCUAAGCUAGAAGAGAGGCUGAAAGACUGGGAUAACACGCCUCGCAUUGGGGAUCUGAUGAAGCGAAAUGCUCCAUUUCUCAAGCUUUACACUGAUUAUGUGAAAAACUUUGAUAAUGCAAUGGCCUUAAUCAACCAGUGGUAUGAGAAAAGUCCAAAGUUUGCCAUGAUAAUGCAGGAAAUACAGAAACUCCCAGAAUGUGGGUCUUUGUCACUUCAGCAUCAUAUGCUAGAGCCUGUCCAAAGAGUGCCUCGUUAUGAGCUUCUACUGAAAGAUUAUAUGAAGCAUUUACCCAAAGAGUCCCCUGAUCAAAAGGAUACUGAAGAUGCGAUUCAGUUGGUGACAAAGGCAGCUAUUCACUCAAAUGAAGCUAUGAAGAAAAUUGAAAAAUUUAGGAAAUUGCUUGAAAUCCACCAGAGUUUGGGAGGUGCAAAUGACCUUAUCAGUCCAACAAGGGAGUUGAUCAAAGAGGGUCGUAUUACAAAGAUUUCAGCCCGACGAGAAAAAACUCAGGAGAGAUAUAUCAUUUUGUUUAAUGACUUGCUGCUAAUCUGCAGUGAACAGAUCCUGGGGACGUUCAAAGUCCGGGCAAAGCUUGAUGUGGAUGGAAUGGAGAUCAUGGAAGGAGACAACAAUAACAUUCCAUUCACAUUCAAAGUGACAAGUAAACAGAAGAUCAUUGAAUUCCAAGCCAGCUCCUUAGAAGAGAGUGAUGCAUGGAAAUCGGCAUUGUGGAGUGUUGUGCGGGACUUCACUAGAAGGAAAGAGUCAUUGAGAAUGGGACAGAGCAAACAUUUACAGGACAAUGUUAGCCAUACGCAGGAUGAUUCUGAGCUGGGCAAGCGGGCCCCAGAGUGGAUUAAAGAUGAGGCUGUCACCAUGUGUAUGAUCUGCUCUUCUGCAUUCACCACAUUCCGCCGAAGGCAUCACUGCAGGGCAUGUGGAAUUGUUGUGUGUUCUAAGUGUUCAUCAAAGAAGGUAACUUUAACCUAUGAUGACAAGGGUUCAAACCGAGUGUGUGAUAACUGCCACAAGCGCCUCAAGACUGACUCCAAUUCACCAUCAAAGCCAAACCUUGAGACGCCUGGCAAAAAGAAGAAGAUUUUACAGGUGAAAGGUAAUGACCCGUCUGUGCUGUGUGAUUACCUGAGCUAUAGCGUGGACAAAGGGAAGAGCUGGUCCCGCAGGUGGAUUGCAGUCCACAGAGACUUUGUUAUGUAUUUCUUUAAGGCCCAUCAGGAUAUCUGUGCGAUGAAUACACUGCCUCUUCCCGGCUACGAAGUCAAGUUGAUGGAAGAUGAACUUGACAAACCAAAUGUGUUUGUUCUAUAUCACAAAAACCAAACGGAAUACUGUUUCCAUACUGAAGACAAGAUAAAAGCCAAUAAAUGGUUGAAAGUGUUGGAGAAGCUUGUGGUGGCAGAAAUACCUGAGGAUGCACAUAUUGCUCGUCUGAGUAGUGACUCUGAUAAUUCAGACAAGUCGGAGAAAUCAGAACUAUCUGAAAAAACGGAUGAUUCCUGAUCAGGCCUAGGCUGUUUGGACUGUUGGAAUCCUCUCUGAUAAUGUACAGUGUUAAUGAGUGGUGGAGUUGUGCAGAAUGCUGGUGAAUGUGAAAAUGAAAGUACUCCUUCUCCAGACUUUAAUGGGAAUCUCAAGAAAGUGAAACUUUUGAUGACAAAAAAUAGAAAAAGCCAGUUGUAGAUGUUUUAGAAGGUGCUCACUGCCGUGAUCCCUGUUGUUGUAACACAUUACAAUGCAAAGUGUUAAACCAAGUCUCAGUGUCUUCAUUACUUAUUUGCAAAACUGUAAGACAACUGAAUUUUACAGACUACAUGGUGAAACUGAAGGUUGUAGAGGCUGUCUUUGUUGUGAGCUGACUGCAUUUGUACUCAUACACUGAGCGGGCUCAAAUGUUUGCUACCAAGCCCUGUAACUCACUGGGCAAUGGUAGACAACUGUAGCUAAAAUGAUCUUGGAAUUACGAGGUUUGACCAUACUUUGUAAAUAAGAUUCCAUCUUCCAUCAUAAAGCUUGCUUAUUGUAGACCAUCAGAUCCUAUUGCCAAAGAAUUCUGUUCAUCUACAUGUAACAAUACCAGCUUUCCAAAGUGAGAAAAACAUGUUUGAUAAAGUUUGCUGGGGGUGAUGACCUUUAUAGGCAAUUUGCCACUUAAUGUCGUAUACUUAUUUCCUUUCUUCAUACAUGUUUUGAUGAUGACCAUACUGCAAACAAUUCUUAAGUACCGUUUGUUUUUGUUACAUUAUGUAUUAUAAACAGAUUUUGUUUUUUCCUUUUUGGCUGCAACAUGUAGAUUUGUAAUACAAUAAUAUUGACACUCUUGCCCAUGAUAUAUAAUCAUCAUGUUCGAGAUGCAAAGCAAAUCACCUGCUUCAUUACUCACUUUUAUCAUGUAUAUAUAUGUUAGCUGCUGUUAGAAAUUUGCCAACACUAUAAAUGUUCAGGUGACAUAAUUUUGUCUCUUGACCACUGUUAACCUCACUAUGAAGGGGCCAGCUGUGAACAGUCAUGUUUAUGUUGUGCAAGUACUGUCUCUCUGUCUGUCCGUCUGUUGUAUUUUGCAUAUGGCCUAGUAAUUGUCAGGUUGUAGGAAUAUAUUGCUCAUGUAUACUCCAGGAAUCCAUUAUGAAAACAAAUUUAUGUAAAUGUUUCUAAAUCUUCAUUUAUUAAGUCUCUGAUAGAACAACCCGAUGAUGCAUCCUUUUCAUUGUGACCACAUAUGUGUUUGCCCAAACUGCAAAGUUCACUUUUUAGAAACUAAGUGCACAUUUGGAAUUUCUAGCCUCAUACUGUCUUACAGUGGUAAAUGACAAUGAUGUUGCUGUAGCUCAGACAUGUACAUUUUUACGUAUGCAUACAUAUAUAAGUUUGGCGUGAACCAAGAGCUGUAUUGUUCAGACAGCUCAGAUUCUCCAUAACAAUCAUGGAUACAUAAAUUUAUUAAUUUUACAUUUUAUGACCUCAAAUGCUCAACUUUUGGAACUCUUGGAUGCUUAACAUGCUCCCCAUCCACAACAAGGUUUUAUAAAAUUUUGUGUAGUGAAGUUUAUAAUUUACUUAUCACAUAUGGCUUGCUUGUGUACUACAUUGAAUGUGAAAAUCAUGAAAACCACAACUGAAUUUAAUACAACCAUUUUAUACUGAAGAUUUUUUAUUAAAGAAAAUAAAGGAUGUUUCUGUGGCAGCAAUCAUCUUGAAAACUUUUAAUCUAAUAUCAGGUAAAGUUUUGGAGAUGUAAUACAUCGUCAAUGAAGUUUACUUUGCUUCAGUUUGAGUUUAUUUGUCACAAAUGUUCAGAAAUUAUUUCUCACAUAUUUAUUAAUAAUAAUAAGUUAACAAUGUUUUUGGAUUUAUCUAUGAUUUUAUAAGGUGCUAAAGACAUUUUCUUAGUGUUCAGCUGGAAAUGACUUUUGAAUACUUCUGUUGCCAUAAAAAUUAAGAAUUCUAUAAGUUAAAUUUUACUGAAACAUUGCUGCUGUUUGUGACUUAAAGAAGACUUCAGAAAUGUGCCAACAAUUGUUCAAGAAUGGAAGUAUGUUAGGAUACUGUCUCCAGAUUAGAUCACCAGUAAACAUGAUAACUUGUUUUUAAUUCUGAAAGUGUGAAUAGCUACAUGUACAUGGAGUUCAUACUCAGUUUAUGUUAGGUACCAAGAGUUAAACAUUGGUUCUGAGUGUAAAUGUUUAUGAAGGAUGUUAUGGCAUGCAAGAAAAAGCACUGGCUGUGAGAGUGAAAUAAAAAGAAAGUGUGUAUGGUGGUGUCGGUGAUAAAAAGUUGCAAUAUCUGGAAUUUCAUUGAAUGCCUCAACAACUUCCAUACAGUUUAAGUUUUAUUUCCUAGAGAGUCUUACCAACCACAAUUAAGAUUGUUGUUCAAGUCUGUUCUGUCCAUGUGUGUCCUGGUGGAAAGGUUACCAAACCUCUGCUGGUUAUCAAGGGAUGAGAACAUUAGGAUUUUGCCAAAAUAUCUGUUCAGGUAGACUAAAAUUGUAUACCAAAUCAGUGUUUAAUUUAUUAGAAGUACAAGCUUCAUUGUGAUGUAUGGUAUUAGUUAAAGUCAUGAGACUUUAAUCUUUGUGACAAGAUUUUUGUUGUUUGGUUGAAAUACAAUUGGCUAUUUUGCUUUCCAAGUGUUUGCUUCAUCUGCCCAUCCAUUCUUAUUCUAUUUUUUAAGGUCAGAUUUUUACAUGAUUUGUGCAAGUUUUUCGAAAGUAUUUGGAUUUUUUUUAUUCUGUGUAUGAGGGUGUGUUAUCUUUUGGCUAAUAUACUUUGAAGCUUAAGCUAUGAGUUCUGAACUAAUGUGUACAUGCGUAACGUAGAUGCCAGUUUUUAGGGUCAUGGUAACUAUGACUGUAACAACAGCAACACUGGACAGAUGUGUGGUGUUGUUUGAAACUUGUACCCUCCUUCUUUGGCCUGACUGAUUGGGCCUGAUGUGUAGCUUGCUGCUGGCUCAUUGGUUAUAGAUUUAUGACUUGUUAUUGGUGUGUCCAUUCUGUCCUGUACCAGUAGGUACAUAUUGAUGGACACCAUUUGUUAGAACACGAACUAGAGUGUUGGCGUUGUAAAAAAAAAAUAAGUAUUACCAUUUACUGUACAUAAAAAACAAAUAUAUAUAUAUACAUCUAUAUAUAUUUUGAGUAUUUAAUUAAUGCGGCCAAUCAGUGGUGGUAUGUAUAUGUUAAUAUAUGUUCACUAUUUUGGUGUUAGGGAGACCAGGUGUAGAGAUUUGUGUGCUGGUGAAACGCGAUGUCAGAUUCUGUUGGAUCCUUGUAUAGUUGGUUUGAUCCCAGCACAUCCUGGUCUUCCACGUUUAAGCCUGAAGGAUCUUGGAUCUAGAUUUUUCUCCUGCACUCCCAUCCAGUCUUCUGAUCUUUGGAUCAGCCCAUGGGCAGCUUGCACCUGUUAACAGUCUUCAGGCCUGAUGUAGAACAUGGUAUAUCCAUUCUCAUACGUGACAAUAAACCGAUGUUUCAUUCUUUGCAAUUUACACUCAUGGAAUUUGUCUGUUUUAUGGAUCGAUGAACACCAGAGGCCAUAUUUAUCGAGCGUGUUCAGGCUAAAGUCAAAAAUUCAAGCACAGCUACAAUUAAAAUGUUUUGCUCUAUGUAGUUUUAACAUUUCUGCACUGAUUCUAUACUGUAGAACAAUGUACAAAGCACAAUUUAAGUCUUUUCCUGUUAUGAAUUUAGCUAUUUAAGCUCUUACAAUUUAUGACAUAUAAAGUAUUAAGUCGUUUGAUAAAUACAAAGUGUUAUUAAAUUUGUUUUUUUUUUUUUAUCCAG